AUGGUUGCCAUAUUCUUGACCAAGAGCUUCUUGCUCUUGGCUCUCGGCUUCUCCCAGCAAGUCAUUGCUGAGUGUACUCAGAGCAUCACGGCCAAGCAGGGAGAUACGUGUGCUAGUAUCUCAUCCCAAGUCGGCAUCACGGUUACCGACUUUCUCAGGUCCAACCCAUCCGUUACCAGCUGCUCACUAGUUGCCGGGCAAAGUUACUGUGUAAAGGGGACAGCUGACAGUGGAACGCCGCCCCAGACCUCAACCCCGGCGGGACUCGUGAUACGGAGACUGCUGUUCGGCCCACGGCUAUUGCGGCAGCACCAGCGACUACUGCGGCGACGGCUGUCAGGGCGCGUUUGGAAACUGCGGUUCCGGCUCCGGCGAGCCGUCCCAGUCUCCCGGCGGCUCCCAUCACCAUCACGGUCACCAGCAUCGCAGACUUCAGUCAUCACAUUCCACCGUCACCCCAAGCGCGCGCCACCCGCCACCGUCACGCAGACACAAACAUCCACCGUCACACAACCGCGCGCCACCACCACCACCACCGUCACGCGCACCCUCGGCGGCGGCGGGACCGUAACCACGACCGUCUCGGUGCCCGCCACCAUCACCUCCGUCGUGCGGCUGACGACGGUGGUGACCAGCGUGCGGACCUCGGUCAGCGUCAGCACGUCGGUCAGCACCCGCACCGUCACCGUCACCUCCCUCGUCGUCGACACCAUCACCAGCAUCGAGACCUCCACCCGCCUGGUCACCUCGGGCGUGUGCGCCACCAAGACGACCACCGGCAAGCCGACGACCACGGCGCCCCCGGAGGGCAGGCCCACGCUGCCCGGCACGCCGAUGCAUUGGUACAUUCUGGGCUACGGAGGGAGAUGA